GCAAUCUUCUAAGACUAAAUCUGUGCUACCUGCUAAAGCUAUGUCAGCACCAGAUUCUGCGGACAAGGCUGAGCCACCACUUGAGGACAAAAGUGAGAAUCAAGAGGCGAUUCCUGAGGGUAUUCCACAGCAAGAUAUUCAAAGUAGUGAAAAUACUCUUCAGUCAGUCAUAUUAGAGCUUGAUGUAAAUAGAACUGAUCGUGAGGAAGCUUCUAACCUGAUGGAGGAAGCUAAUGAAUUUCCUCAGAGCAAUAAUGGUACAGAGGAUGAUGUGAAUGUUUUUACAAAUAAUGCCAAUGUUGCUGAAACAACAGCAGAGGUGAAGCCUGAAGAUGGUGAAGUGGCUAAUGGUAAAAGUUGCAACCAUGCUAAACCCAUACCAUCCGGGCAUAAUGAACCUUUUAUGCUGCAAGCUGUUCCAGCCGAUACAAACGUUAAAAUCAAGAAUAUAUUAGAAGUUGAGAAUAAGACUGAUGAAAAUCAAGCUACUGCAACUGCAGACAAUGGGAAUGAAAACUCAAGUCACAUGCUUUUCUUGGACGCUGACCAUUGUUAUGAUGGGAAUGAGUCAGAGACGGAGGAAGAGCAAUCAGCAUUCAUGAAGGAGCUUGAAAAUUUCUUUAGGGAGAGGAGCAUGGAAUUCAAACCUCCCAACUUUUAUGGAGAAGGACUUAAUUACCUUAAGUUGUGGAGAGCUGUAACAAGAUUGGGUGGUUAUGACAAGGUAUUCUUCAACACCCCGUCCCCCUUUCUCUUCCUCCUCCUCCUCCUCCUCCUCCUGUCUUUUCCCUUUUUUGAGGGGUAUGGCAGAGGAUUUAUAUAAUUUUAUGUAGCUGACUCUGGAUGAAUGAACAUAUGUUAGAUAUCCAC